CAAAAACUGAUAACAAAACUCUCACACAACAGAGUAAUACUCUCGAAAGAUUUUUUACCAUUAGUAAAAUGCAUGAAGAUUGGUUAUAUUUAUUAAAAGGUGAAUUGGUUAGUGAAUAUUAUCUAAACAUCAAAAAACAAAUCAUCUCUAUCGAAGGUAGAGGUAUCGAUGUAUUUCCACAAAGAAAUCUCAGAUUCCGGUGCUUUAAGACGUCUCUGUUUGAUAUCUCCGUGGUAAUUGUUGGUCAGGAUCCAUACCCAAAUGAUGCAGAUGGUUUGAUAUUUAGUUCUGAGACUAUCAAGCCGUCACUUAAGAAGAUAUUUAAUCUAUUGGAAUGGGAUAUAGAAGAUAUAAAAUGGUCUAGACCUAAAAUAGAAUCCUUGAAAAAGUGGUCAAAAAAUGUAUUACUUUUAAACUCAAUCUUGACAGUAGAAAGGGGAAAAUCUGGUUCACAUAAUAGAUUGGGAUGGCAAAAAUUUACUGAUAAGAUUAUUAAGCUAGUCGGUGAAAAACGGGAAGUCAUAACAAUCCUAUGGGGUAAAUAUACAAAGGAAAAGGCCAGUUUG